AUAAUUGCAUUUGCAUUUGCAUUCCUCUUUCUUCAUCUUCAUCUUCAUCUUCAUCUUCAUCUUCACCAACCGUCUCUCCCGCAUUUUCAUGUGUGAGAGAUUUCUCAUUUCUUCCCUGUGAAGAUGAUGAUGAUGACGCGCAGACUCCCUUUCUCCCCCCGCCUCGCCGCCGCCGCCUCCAAAUCCACGCUCUCCCAAGCCGCUCGGGAAAAUGAUUCCCCUCUCCCCAAAAUGCCCCCCUUCGACUACUCCCCUCCUCCCUACACCGGCCCCUCCGCCGACGAGAUCCUCGCCAAGCGCCGCCAGUUCCUCAACCCCGCCAUCUUCCAUUUCUUCAAAAAACCUUUGUGUUUGGUUGACGGGAAGAGGCAGUACCUGUUCGACGACAAGGGGAGGAGAUAUCUCGACGCGUUCGGCGGGAUCGCCACCGUCGGCUGCGGCCACAGCCACCCGGAGGUGGUGGAGGCCGUCGUCAAUCAGAUGAAGCGUCUCCAGCAUUCCACCAUCCUCUAUCUCAAUCCUGCCAUCGCCGAUUUCGCCGAGGCGCUCGCUUCCAAGUUUCCCGGUGAUCUCAAGGUCGUUUUCUUCACGAAUUCGGGGACGGAGGCGAACGAGCUGGCCUUGAUGAUGGCGCGGCUCUACAGUGGGUGCCAUGAUGUGAUCUCGAUUAGGAAUGGAUAUCAUGGUAAUGCAGCAGGCACAAUGGGUGCUACUGCUCAAGGAAGCUACAAAUUCAAUGUUGUGCAGACGGGAGUACAUCACGCACUCAAUCCAGACCAGUACAGAGGCAUCUUUGGGUCGGAUGGAUUGAAGUAUGCAAAGGAUGUUGAAGAUAUAGUUACUUACGGAACAUCUGGUCGUGUUGGUGCUUUCAUUGCUGAAGCCGUACAGGGAGUUGGUGGGAUUAUGGAAUUGGCUCCCGGGUAUCUGCCCGCGGUCUAUAACACCAUAAGAAACGCAGGCGGCCUUUGCAUAGCAGAUGAGGUCCAAUCAGGUUUUGCUCGGACAGGGAGCCAUUUUUGGGGCUUUGAGGCCCAUGGAGUUGUGCCUGAUAUAGUGACCAUGGCGAAGGGCAUUGGAAAUGGAAUACCACUUGGUGCAGUGAUUACGACACCUGAGAUUGCAAAGGUCUUGACUUAUCGAAGCUAUUUCAACACGUUUGGUGGUAAUCCCGUCUGCACUGCUGCUGGUCAUGCAGUUCUUAAAGUGAUAGAGAAAGAACAGCUUCAGCAGAAUGCUCUCACUGUCGGAUCAUACUUGAAGGAUCGCCUCCUUUCAUUGAAGGACAAAUACGAGAUUAUCGGUGAUGUCAGGGGAAGAGGUAUGAUGCUCGGAAUUGAACUGGUAACGGAUCAACAGCUGAAAACCCCUGCCAAGGAUGAGACUCUUUAUGUAAUGGAGCAGAUGAAAGAUAUGGGAGUUCUGAUCGGGAAAGGAGGGUUCUUCGGCAAUGUAUUCAGGAUCACCCCGCCUCUCUGCUUCACCAAGGAGGAUGCUGAUUUUCUGGUGGAUGUGAUGGACUAUUCGUUGUCGAAAGUGUAGAGUUGGGUAGUGAAGUGAAAGGAGAGCCUGUCUUGGAAUGAAUGGUGGUGGUGUUGUGUAUAUGUUAGCCAUGAAAAUAAAGCAUUUGCGGAGAUGGUGAGACAUCACCUCGUUGUCUCUGGUCUCCAGCGUCUGCCAACCUUCAUUCUCCCAAGGGAAUUAGGCUGCCUGUAUAAGCUUAUGUGCUAUAUAUUAGUAGUAGAUUGUUAUUUGCUGUAUGAUAAUUGUUUCAUCUAUGUGAUGAAGUCAUUAUUUUUGCUAA